AUGGCGCCGCCAUACAGUGACCAUCCUGAUCACGACUCGGACCACUUACGGUCUGACGAGAAGGUCCCAUUGUUUAUUGCGAACGAAAUCUCGGAGUAUGACUACGAUGGCAUAGAGCCUGAUCCCCGUCCCUGUCACCUCAAGCCACGAAGAGCUCGCCCCUGUUUGGCACGAGCUCUGAGGAAAGGACUCUGCGCCUUCGUGAUCACCGCUUUCAUCAUUUAUCAUCUUGGAUUGCCGAAUGGCUCAACUGCUGGAGACAACCCGCCCCCGCACGCUGAGGCUUCCCCGCUUUGCCAGUCGCAAGAAUGUAUUCAUGCUGCAUCGAAUAUCCUUUACAAUCUUGAUCCUAACUACGAGGAUGUGGACCCCUGCACCAAUUUUGACCAGUAUGUUUGCGGUGGAUGGCGGGAGACCCACGACAUGCGACCCGAUCAGGGCUCGAUCUUUGCAGGUACAAUAAUGGAGGAGAAUGCCCAGACUCGACUGCGUCAUAUAUUGGAGCGUAGUGAGCCACCGCAACCAUCCGAUGCGGACAACUUCAAGAAGCUCAAGUCUGCAUAUGACGCGUGUUUGGAUGAGGCGACAGUCGCCAAACGAGGCAGCAAGCCACUAACUGACAUUCUGGAUGAAUUGAAAAACAUAUACCCUGCAAAGACGGGGCUCGUGAAAGGGGCGCAAGACCACCUUACUAACGCCCUGCUGUACCUGAUGAACGCAGGUGUAGAGGCUUUGACUUCAUCUGGUGUCACUCCUGAUGAUCGAGAUCCUGACAACGUUGUGAUCAUGAUCUCGCCUCCUCGCGUAAUCGGACUUCCCGCUCGCGAGUAUUACAAUAACACAAAGACGGUAGCUGCCUAUACGACCACUUUGAAAGAAGUCGUUCAUGGUCUUGUUGGCGAUGGCUUUGAUAAAGUCGCCGAGGAUGUUGUCGCCUUUGAAAAGAAGCUUGCAGAUGUGACCCCCGACACUCAAACCCAAGAGGAUGUUACCAAAUACUACAAUCCCCUCAGCAUCAAAGAAACCGAGGCCCUGGUACCGGAAAUAUCUUUUACGGAUAUCAUUACUUCCUUGGCACCCCACGACUACAAAGGAGAUCGUCUCAUUGUUGGAUCCCCUUCGUAUAUGAAGGCCUUGUCUGGACUCCUGAAAGACACACCCCGGGAAACCAUCCUGCUUUUCUUGCAGUGGAAGCUGGUACAAGAAUUUGCAGGUGUGAUUGAAGAUGACUCAAUUGAGCCUCUCCGACGCUUCAAGAAUGAGCUUGCCGGCAAGGAGCCGCAGGCUAAAGAGGAGAGAUGGCGCCAGUGCCUUGGACGCCUCGAUGAAGGUCUUGCGUGGAGUCUUAGCCGAUUCUACGUACUCGAUUCUUUCUCGGAGGGCUCCAAAAAGCUUGGUGAUCAAAUUGUCUCAGACAUCAAAGAACGAUUUAUCUUCACCUUGGGUCAGACAAGCUGGAUGUCGGCUGAUGUGCGCAAGUUGGGAAUCCAGAAAGUCGAGAACAUUGUCCAGAAGAUUGGCUUCCCGACUAAAAGCCCCAACGUCCUGGACCCAGAGGAUGUGAAGAAAUACUAUCGUGACCUGGAAGUAUCGAAAGAUACUUUCUUUGAGAACGAAGUGGCCGUUGCUAGAUUCCUCCUUCGUGACGAAUGGUCCAAGCUUGGAAAGCCUACUAACCGUGAUGAGUGGGACAUGAGUGCCCCGACUGUUAACGCCUACUACAACCCGCCAGGAAAUGAAAUUGUUUUCCCUGCUGGUAUCAUGCAGGCCCCGGCGUUCUAUGGGCCUGCUGCCCCAUUGUACCUGGCUUAUGGUGCCUUCGGCGCCGUGAGUGGUCACGAGCUUUCCCACGCCUUCGACUCUACCGGUCGUCACUACGACCAAGUCGGCAACUACACCGAUUGGUGGGAUGACAAAACCGUGAAUGCAUUCGAAGAACGAGCUCAAUGCUUCAUUGACCAGUACUCUAACUUCACUGUCACUGGACCGGAUGACAAAGUUCUCCAUGUGAACGGUCGAUUGACAUUGGGUGAGAACAUCGCAGACGCUGGAGGUCUCACUGCUUCAUUCCACGCUUGGAAGAAACAUGAUGAGGCAAAAGCCGAUUUGCACCUUCCCGGCCUAGAGAAGUUCACCAAAGAGCAGCUGUUCUUUAUCUCUUACGGCAACUGGUGGUGCGGGAAGACAACGAAAGAGGCCGCCGAACAGGCGAUCUACAACGACCCGCAUGCGCCCAAGUCAGCACGCAUCAUUGAAACCAUGGCCAACUCCCGUGAGUUCAAGGACGCAUUUAGUUGCCCCCACCAGAAGCCAACAUGUAAACUGUGGUGA